UCGAAUCGUAUGAUUUUCACAUUGUCACAGGCGAGUGUGAUGGUCAUGUUCUGGGAAAAUGUUUGACUCGCCGAUCAUUGUUUAUACAGCAACAGCUAAGGGAAUCGCUCGAAUCAAGUCUAGUUCGCUGGCAAAAACUGCCAUUCCGUCGAUGCACCAUCAUUUUUAGGCAGUUUACAAUCUUUAAGUAUUUGGUUUUAGAUUAAUUCUUCGACAGUCUCAAGUCUCAAAGGUUGGCGAAGUGUUUUUCUCAUUUCUAAGUGAAUUAACCCAGCGAUUGCUGGUUGGAACGAGGCAUAACCUUGUUAUUCUAUAACUGCGAAACUGCGGCUUUUCGGCUCGACUAAAGUUGUACGUACGAUGACUUUUAGCAACAAUUCAAGUAAAACAAGUGUAACAAUAGCAGGGGAUAGCUUAUCAUACCAGAACAAACCACUUCUGGUACUGGUGGUCCAAGCCAUAACAAUGUUCUUCAUGAUAGUUGUUAGUACUUUGGCCAACGGAGUUAUAUGCCAUUGUAUCUUAAAAAACAGGUCAUUGAGAACAGUUACAAAUAUCUUUAUUUUGAAUCUGGCAACAAGCGACUUUCUUCUCUCCAUCCUCUGUAUGCCAUUUGCUCUGGUGUCUUGUAUCGUUGACGACUGGAUAUUUGGUGGCUUGAUGUGUAGCAUUUCCGGAUUGAUUCUCUCGACGUUGUGCAUAGCAUCGAUUCUAACUCUGGUAUUAGUAGCUAUUGACCGCUACUUGGCCAUCAAACACCCACUCAAAUACUGUGUAUACCUCACGAAUAAAGCUUGCGUAUGCAUGCUAGCUUUCGUAUGGCUCGUCGCUGCGAUUUUUUCUCUCCUACCCGCUCUGGGUUGGGGAAGUGGUUAUGCGUACAUUAAAGUCGAAAGCAUCUGUCGACCAGAGUUUGGAACGCCACAAAAAGACAACGGCUUUACAAGCUUCCUUUUUGCCACUUGUUUUGUUAUCCCUUUUGCAAUUCUCGCUUUUCUCUACAUUUCUAUUCUGUGGACAGCUAGAAAACAGUUUCGUCAGGUCCAUCACGCUCCUAAACUGAACGUCAUCAAUGUACAACCUCAAGAGCAAGAGAUCGUUAGAAAUAUUCACAGACACUCAAAUCGAGAGAAGACUUUCACAUCAGAUAAUACUGAAAUUACAUCAGCUACGAAUACUAUACGUACUAAGCGGCUCUACAACUCAAAAAACAUCAGCAAACGUAAGCACAAAGCGCGCGGAUUCAAGAUGCUUCUUCUUAUAGUGGCUGCCUUUAUUAUUUGUUGGUCGCCCCAUUUCAUUUUGAUAUUCUAUUCAAGCCUAAAUAGAAUCACAAUACCACUCUCUGUUAAAGCAUUGACCACUUGGUUAACGUUCCUUAAUUCUUCAAUGAACCCAUUUUUGUACGGGUUUUUAAACGGUAAAUUCCGUUCUAGUAUUAAGAAUUUUCUUGGGGACAAGAUAUUGUGCUGUAGAUGGUGGAAAACAAAUGAAGAUUCUCAAGUAUUUCACAUCAAUCAUUGAAAACCUUAGACUCAUUGAUACUCUUCAUUAUACCGCCUUUCAAAUGUGAUUGAAUUGAAAGUUGUAUUAAAAUCUUAUAUGAAAAAGUUUACAAAGGACUUCUGGAGACUCCCACGGUUGAAAAAUUAUUAAACUUGCUAACCCUGGUUGGCUUUAUAAA